UUCGCGGUCGGUCAGGUGUUCGCACGGAAGCGUGCCGAGUGAUUUGGGAUAUCCCGACACACGGAUUAAAGAGCGAUUCCCAUACCCAGGCGCUCCAGGCAUAUGCGGGUCCAUAAUCAAGAUAAUUGUCGGAACAGUGUAACAGCUGAUGAAACGCGUACGUCAUAUUUCCAGCUCCGAAAUACAUGAUCUCUUUCGCAUUACUUUCCGGGGAACGGUAAUCACACAGGAGAUAGGUCAGUGCGUAAGAAAACUUCAGCAGCAGCUUUCGCACAGCGGGAUGUACAGCUUGAUCUACAUGGUCGCCUCUCUUUUGAAACAGCAGCGGCAAUGUAUGGAGAAACAAAUGCAGGUACUGAUUAUUUUUGUAGUCAUUCGUUUCAUUUAAGGGGCCGGGUAUCCGGUUGUAAUUACUGGGAUACUUAAUUUCUCUAACCAUGACGUCACUCAGCAAAUCGAUACAGCGUUUAUCUAAAAGACGCUUCUGGUUGCCGAAAUCCAGCAAUUUUGAAAUCGGUAAUUCUUGGAUAUCCACUUCCUUCAACACCAAAAAAAGCCGCUCUGAGACAUUUGGAAAUAACGUGCAUUAAAUCAUGUGGGAAGCAUUUGAUCAUGUCGAAUCUUUCUGCUGGAAGUCGAAGCAUCUCGAAAUAGUUCUUAAUGCCGUCGUCUCCAACCUCCGACUCAGAAAUUUCUUUUGUAGUCUGUGCCGCUAUUCUUUUUGCUAGACAGUUUUGAGCCUGAUUUCUUAGUCUGUCAUUCGUUCUCCAAAUCAGGAUAUCCCCGUGCUUGAAUGGAUAUCGUACGCUUUUGCUGUCUUGGACCCCAUCUACUAAACAGCUGGUACAGCCACGCACUUUUGAGUUAUAGAGACGGCUGCCUCUGAUAUCCGCUCGUGCUGGGGAAUCACAGCAACAUAAACCGAUUUCGACAUUAAAGAGCAGCGCAGAUUCACCGACAUUUAUGCACAGAGAUCCUUUCUGGAUAUCCAGUAUUUCCGUUAUGAAGGCUUUAAAUAAAACGUUCGCCGGAGGUUUUUUCUGGCCGACAUAGAGUGCCGCAAAACGUGCAAACCCCCAUCGAUAUCGCACCGGUAAUUCAGCCAAGGUCCAGGACACAACCCACAAACUAUUUUUCCUUCCCUUCACAUCUGCACCGUCAAACCAGAACAAUAAAGUUAGGCGCCGAUGGUUUUCUUUUUCAGAAAGAUCAGUUAACCGGUUCCCAUGUUGGAUAUCCAAGUUAUUUUGUGGAAUGGGGGCAUCGAGAAGUUGCCGGACUGACUGGUCCUGCAAAUAGCUGAAUCAGGCUGUCCUUUACAGAUAAGCAAUAAAAUUUGACAUGAUUUGUGUUGGCAGUUUGAACUACUCCACAACAGCCCAAAUCUUCGUUAACACCGCGCACAGUGCCAUUCUCAAUGCAAUGGAUGUACUCCGAGAUUUCUGGCCUGUCUUUCUUGACAUAAGCUGUUAAAAGGUAGUGUGAGGAAGGAAAAUUAUGGCCCGCAGGCAGGAGCCGGUCAAUGAAUGAUAACAUCUUUUCCUGAACCACAUUGCUGCAGUUGGUUUUUCGAAAAAUCAACAGCAAUUCCUCAACAGCAUCUUUCAGCAGAACGUCGCAUCCUUCAUAUACAUAUUUUGCGGAAAAACUUUCUUCUGGAUAACCGGCGUCUUUGGUUUCUUCAAUGACAGCUGCGCAUUCAGCGGUGGUAACGGGAAACUCGCUCUCCCCCACGCCAAAGCUGCUGUCUACCGACAUCUCGAACUCGGAUUCUGCAAUAAUUCAGAAAAAUAAAUGAAGUGUUGCAGGAAACUUAUAGAGUGAGUUCGAGAGGAAGCAACAGGAACUGGAUAUCCAUCAUCGAAGUGAAGUCGCGAAGAAAAAGUAUUUUGUCGUCAUAAGUGAUCACGACAACUGCGUUCGGGUUGUGGACUUCACCAAAAAGAACGGAGAGAAGACUUCGUUCCGUCUUCUGGAGGACGAAGUGCAAAACGGAAGCUAAGGAGCGGAGUAUCAAAAGGAAGAUAAAGUUGCGGCGUGGUUUCCGAAAUCCAGUGGUUUCACAGCUGGAUUCUACAUAUGCGAGAUAGUCGACAUCUGCGAAACGGAAAAAGAAGCGCAGAGCGUGAAGUGUCGAAUUGUUGAAAAUUUCAAGGAGAAAAAGAAAGCGUUUCGCAGUGUGAAAGAUAAAGAAAGGCUAAAGGAGCUUUAUGUGAACAGCAUGCCACCGAAGCCUGUUGCAGAUGCCGGAGUAAAUCGCUCGACGCAGGAUAGCCUUGAUACGGGAUAUUUGGCGAAUUUGCGACCCAUGUUACCAGUUUCAGACGGUAAAUUUCCCGGUUUUUGCUUUCAUUUUUGCAUUAUAAAAAUGAAAUUAUUAGGUUUUCAUUAUCCUUUUCUUAACGACAAAGACAUGUCGUACACAACCCUAUCUGCACCACAACCGAUCGCUGCUGUGGAUAUCCAUCGUUCACCUUCCAUGGACAGCCAACCAUCAUCUAGCGUAAAUGCUUCUGGUCCAAGUAAAUCUGUGCUUGCCACAAAAAACGUCGCUGCUUUGGAUAUCCAACGUUUUCCUGGCGGAAUCGCCUGUGGGGUUGAGCUCAAUAAAUCUGUGGAUGCCAUAUCAAACGGUUGUGAAAGUGUCCUUUGCGACGAAGAUUUCCCUCCUUCUUCUGGAACUUCUCCAAUCCCCAGCGAAAUGUCCAAAUCAAUGGAUAUCCAAGUUGUUGCUUCGGAAAACAGCUCCGGUGCUGCUUUGCCCGCAAUUCAAAAUUCGGGCAGGGAUAUCCCUUACAGUGUACCACCGGAAGUUGCGACUGGUGCUUCAUCAUCGGCAUUUGCGCCAGGUCGCAUCAAUCAUCUGCGAGCAAUUACGUCUGUAUCUGGCGUGCGAGACGUUGUGGCCAAGAAUCGAUAUGGGAUGGAUAUCCACAGUGAUGCACCGCCUCUUGUGAUCCGUGAAGAAAAUCCACGCAUAAUCAGGCAUCAAGGAGGUUACAAGAAGUUCAUCUGGUAUUGGCAGGCAAAAGCUGAGGGAACCGUGCAGCUACGACGAGGAUACGACAUUUACGUUUACACAACUAUCCUUGAUGACUGCAAAAUGAAGCAUCCCAUAUGGAAUCCAAAGACCUACACUGCCCAUGCGUGGGAAAUAGUUCAGCAUCUCAUGGGUGGUGAUGAGGGCAUCAUCGCGUGUUACGAAAAUCGGUAUGACAACCAGGGCGUGGACUUUCUCCUUGGGCGAAAUACUAUGCAAGCUGUUUUAGGAUAUGUGACGGAACUUUACAAACUUCAGCAGCCCAUGAAGGAGCUCACUGCGUUUAAGGCCAUGAUCAACACGAGACUGCUGCAGCUGUUUCGAUCACGCAAGCAGAGCAUGUCAGGAGCAUCAAAAGCGAAAACUAACGGACGACUAGUUCAUAGUUCCCACCGGCGAAUGUUUAGCAAUUUUGUCCAUUUUAACGGUUUACCUAAUGAUUUGAGCGGUGCGGCAGUUUUUUCAAGGAUAUCCUGAUGGGGUAGUCAUUUUACAGAUCCCAUUGUUUCCUCUUUGAUUAUGAUAUUGAUUUAUAAGAAGGCAUUUCUACUGUUCAAUUUAUUUUGCCGCUUUUUCUGGAAUUUACCGUUGCUUUACUCGCGUAAAAAUGGUUGAUGUUCAGCUAUAAGAAAAACAAACCAAAAAA